UUGCUGCUUCACCCCCGAAUUGGAGCUUUUCAUAGUGGAUACGGUAUUGAAGCGCAUAUCAUUUGGGAAUUUCCUGAGGAGUUGUUAUUGCCGUCGACACCUUUCCUCUCACUUGUAUUUCAGCUAUUUAGGGUGAGCUGGUGGAUUAUUUCUGGACUACUGCCUGUAUCUGCAGCUUCUCAAGGUUUUCCCCUAUUCUUUGUGACGGAUCCAUCAACAGAAUAUAGGAGGUGCGAUUGCUCAGCUGGUCUGGAGUGCAUUCUCAGCAUUCUCAGGGCCCUCAGGAUGGGGUCCUGCUUCUCUGCGGAAAGCAGGAGCCCGCUUCCCACUUCACCUUCGGGAAUCAGUAGACGGAAGAACUCUAGAAGAAGACUGGGAUCCAGGAGUUCUUCCUUUGACAAUUGGAGGGAUGAGCCCCUGCAUAGAAUUCCGGGGAGGCUUUUUCUUAAUGGGUCUAGUGAAGUUGCGUCCCUGUUCACUCAACAAGGCAAGAAAGGCACCAAUCAAGACGCCAUGAUUGUUUGGGAGAACUUUUGUUCGAGGAAAGAUACCAUUUUUUGUGGAGUUUUUGAUGGCCACGGUCCGUUUGGUCAUAUGGUUGCCAAAAGAGUCAGGGAUUCUCUUCCCCUAAAACUGAGUUCACACUGGGAACUGAAUGCAGCUGGUGGAGAAGUCCUCAAGGAGAUUAGCAUUAAUACUACGGGGAUUAUGAACUCAGAAGAGGCUGCCUUUGUAUCUGCUGAUGAGGAAUCCAGGACAUCCAUUGAUUCUGAGAAAUGGAAAAGCACCCCUGAGAUCUUUCGAACGCUUAAAGAGUCAUUUUUGAGGGCAUUUAAGGUUAUGGACCGUGAAUUGAAGAUGCAUCCAAGUAUUGACUGCUUUUGCAGUGGGACUACAGCAGUGACUCUAGUUAAGCAAGGUCUCGACCUUGUUAUUGGAAAUGUUGGUGACUCUAGAGCUGUGCUGGGUACGAGAGACAAAGAUGAUUCUCUCACAGCCGUUCAAUUAACAGUUGAUCUGAAACCCAGUCUUCCAGCUGAAGCAGAGAGAAUUCGCAAAUGUAAAGGGCGUGUUUUUUGCCUUCAAGAUGAACCUGAGGUUGCCCGAGUCUGGUUGCCCAACAAUGAUUCCCCUGGCCUAGCCAUGGCCAGGGCAUUUGGAGAUUUUUGUCUGAAAGAUUUUGGGCUAAUUUCUGUUCCAGAAAUAUCCUAUCGACGCCUCACUGAGAAGGAUGAAUUUGUUGUCUUGGCAACAGAUGGGGUAGGAGACAUUUUUGAAAUUUCGAUUGCCAACGAAUGCCUUAUUUUGUCUAAUAUAAUUUGA